UCGUACAUAGGUCCGCAUUGAGUCAGCAUUGAACAACAAAGUCAAAAGUGAUCUAAAAAAUCGUGUCCCGUUUUGUAUGGGGUUUGGGCCAUAGAAGACAAGGCCAAAUACUGGAGCAUGAAUGAUAUAGGGUCAAUCUUUGAAGGGCCAUUUACAGUCUUUGGAGUGAUCGGAUCAGGUUUUUGUUGUAUGAGACAUAUAGUCAACUUUUCGCGAGCAAUCCAAAUAUGUGAUUAGUUUUGGGCAGUAAAUUGAAUCUCAACCCCAAAUUAGGGUAUUUUUGAUUUUUUUUCAAUUUUUACCUCCCACGCACCCCAGACUUGAAGGGCAGCCCCAACCAAAGUGACAAUCGAUUCUUGACAUCAGCAUAAAUACUUCGUCUAUACAUAGUUUCCUUCUAAAAUGACUCUUUAUUCAUGAAAAAUCCAUGUUUAGCGAAAACUACCCCAAAUCCAGUACUAACUUUGUAUCCCAAUAAAACCCCCCGCCCACAACUUGGGGCCGUGUCACCCAUAUAUUAUUGUUAUACUCGCUGCCCCCUAUCCAUUGGUACCGGUCUCAUUGCUAGACGCCAUAUGGCCCAAAACGGGACACAGUUCUUUGUACCCUUUCUGCCAUCCACUUUUACGUUUACCACAAAAGUAUUUUGGACAUUUUCCAUUCAGCAUCACCAUCUAAAUACCUUAAAAUCCGUCAUACGUACACCCAAUAAUGGCUGCCACCGACACAGCAUCUAAAGAAUACAACGUCAAAGGCAUCGUGACCAUCGGUGAAAAGCUGUACCUGAACGAGGAGAUGUCCGACACAACAUAAAUGUUAAACAAAUUAUGCACAGCAUAAAUGUCAAAACGAGAACCGCUGUAAGAGGGAUUUCGCUAAUACCCUGUAUAAUAAACAGUGUUUAUUAUUUCCCUCUCUUCUUUGUUCAUCAUUGUCCUGCUGAACAAAAUUGGAACAAAACGGCAUUUAAAAAUUAUUUGGAAAACCUCUUUUGAAGAGAACUCUCGAUUUUGACGUACUUUUUUUGCACAAAAUUUCCACUUUGAAAGUUUUUUUUUACAUCUUUAUGUAGUCAGUAAAAUAUGUUCGAGAUUCUCAUCGGAGCCGGUUGAACUUGAACAAAAAUACCCGUGUAAUUGCCUCAGAUUUGAUUACCUUGUCAUAGUGAGGGGAAUUUGCGGGACUAGGAAUACCUUGAUAAAAUAUUUGGAUGAAUAACACCCUGUAUAUGAAGUGCGCUGGAAUGAUCUACACGUUGACAACUCUUAAAACGCACAAAAUCAUUUUAUCCUUGAUAAUAAUCUGUGCGGAGGAGAAAGCAUGUCGCACUCGAAUACAUCACAAAAGAACAUCGUAUUGACAUAGUUAGAUAAAUAGCUUGACAAUUCACUUUGACGUUUUUUUUCUAGGCUGUAUCACUCAUAAACUGAUUCCUUUGUGCUGUAAUUUAUGUUCGACUCUUGAACAGUCUUAUCUGAGAUCUUCAGAUAGUGUCAGUUUCGAACGUUCGUUCGUUUAAAUAAUUUGUUUGUCUGGACGUUCGGUUUUUCAAACACAUAGAAUAAGGGAGGAUGAGGCUAUUCGACACACUAUCCUUUAAUAUCGAAAAUCUUUCGACGCAGUCAUGCAAUUCGAGUGAUUACACUAAUCAACAAAUUCGGAAAAAUUUCAGGUCCAGAGAUGUGACUAGUAUGUUUUGAAAGGGCUUGGUCGUGCGAGUUAACACAGUACGGUUACUUUGAAAGUGUUCGUAUUCUUUAGAAAUUAAUCUAUAUGUGAAAUUACUGGUUUUGACCAAGAAUUUUUCAACAUCAAAGACUGUAAAAUUUACAGUAGGCAGUGCAGCAUCAAAAGUACGAUGGUUCUUAAAACAAGAUAGCCAUAGCUUUCAAACGCGCCAUAGAAAAUUGAAAUCGAUUCAGUAGUCCAAAAUCUAUGGACCGGAAAAGUGUAGAAACAUUAUUGAAAAAUCUCAGAUUUAGCUACAUUUUUCAUGUUUGCUUCUCUGUGAAUUCGUAAUAAUCUGGCAGAUUUUAUUUUUUUUAUCGUAAAAUUGUAUCAAUUUUGAACCAUUUAGACCCAAAGUUGAUUGCUGUCUGACCACUAACAAAUAAGAAACAGCUGUACUUAAGCGCUGGCGAACGGCAAAAAAUCGAGAAAAAUCAAAAUUAAACGAAAUCUAAUAAUCAUGUUCCGAAGAUCCAAAGGUCAUAUAACAUUGAGAAUCUUAUUUUUUCGUCAAAAACCGAAACCAAGCCAAAUUUGGAGCCAGAUUUGUAAAUCUUUUUCAACUAUCCGUUGCAUUCAUUCCAUUUUGGUUGAUUUCAAAUUACUUCUUUUAAUUUUCCUUUUUGAAAACAUUCAAUGAAAGAAGGAAAAUGGCGAAAGUGAACAACAAAUAGUGAAAAAAUCAUUUUUAGUACGGAUUUUGUAUGUUUUUGGUAUGAAUCGGUUAUAUUUUAGUAUGAAAUACACACUCAUGAGAAAUAAUAAUAGAUAAGAGAAAAAAAUGAACGAACAACACAAAACAAAUGAUCUAAUUGAAAUCAUCCAAAAAUCUUGAGAAUUGGCUUUUAUCAAUUGGCAAAUUAUUCUUCACAUGUGAAAAGAACACAAUCAAACAGAGCAUUGUAUUUGUUCGGUUGUUCAAAUGUUUCCUACCUACGAUUACCAGUCGGAACGAUUCAAUUGAAUUAAGACAUUAUUCAAUAUAACGUAGAACAGAGUCAUGUGUUUUUUUUCCAUUUAGCCUACUUAUCUACAUGGACUAAAUACAAUAUCACCAACCGGAAAAAUGAAAAGAAACAGUAAAUUUCGAUUAUUAUAGCUCGAAGAUAUUUAAGACCAUGCCGUCACAAAGAUAUUCUCGUUUUACUUUUUCAUUUGCACGAGUCAUUCAAAUGUGGUUUGGCCAUGGUUGCGAUAAGAUCAUCACAGAAACAUAUUCUAAGCUGGAUUAUAGUUUUUGCGCUGACUGUUCAAGAGACGCUAGAAAGAUUAAUUCAUCGAGGUCGUGAUUUUUAAAUCGAGGUUGUUUCAACAUGAGUGCAAAUUCAAACUUGGAUGCAGUACUCACCGAAGUGGGUGAAUUUGGUUUAUUUCAAGUUAUCACUUACAUGUUAAUUUGCAUUCCUAGUGCAUUAAGUGCGACAUACGUAGUUAAUUAUAUGGUAUCAGCCAAUACCUUAAUAUAUCGAUGCAAAAUUCCUGAAUGCGAUGUUGGUGAGAAUAGCCGUGAAAUUGCAUACGAUCAACCAUGGCUGCGAAAUGCUAUUCCCACAAUUGAAAAUUCAAAUGGAAAAAUGGAAAAUUGUGUUCGGUAUGCAUCGCUGGAUAGGAAUAGCAGCACGGAAUCAUCGCUUGCAAAAUGUGGCCCAGAUAUGUUUAAUAAGAGCUUAAUUGUCAAAUGUUCAGAAUUUAUCUAUGCAACCGACGAAAGAAAUGUACAAACAGAGCUUAAUAUCCAUUGUGCUGACAGCUACAAGUUGGCUUUGGUCGGAACUGUAAAUAACAUCGGGCGUUUUGUAUUUCUCCCAUUGAAUGGACUUUUAUCAGACAAAUAUGGCCGUUUGACCGUGGUUAUUAUUGGUAUGACGUGUGGCAGUUUGUUUGGUCUGAUUAAGUCUUUCUCAACAAACUAUUUGAUGUAUAUAUGUCUUGAGUUCUUCGAAUCUAUGGGAACGAGUUGCUUUGCAGGAAUGUAUGUACUGGCUCUCGAAUGGGUGAAUUCAAGGAAAAGAGUGCUGGGAAGCGUAAUCGUAGCCAUUUCGUUUCCAGUGGGCGAGAUUCUCUUGGGCCUUGUUGCCAUGUACGUUCACGAUUUUCGUACCGUAAUACGAAUUCUUUACACACCUGGACUAUUUUUGGUGGUAUACUUUUACAUCGUUCCAGAAAGUGUUCGAUGGCUUCUGGUAAGCGGGCGUGUUGAGCGUGCAAUACAAAUUUUGAAGCGAACGGCUCGUGUCAAUGGUAAAACAUUGUCCGACAAAUCCAUCGAAAUGAUCAAAAUGACAUAUAAACCAAAUCCAUCUGACGGAGAGACUACCGAAAGUAAUUCAAUUGCCCAGUCACUGAAAUCAAUUUUCAAAUCGAAAGUAUUGUUCUUUCGUUUCUUGAACAACUGUUACCAAUGGAUGAAUUGUUGUUUUUGCUAUUAUGGCCUUAGUUUGAUUGCAACACAGUUGCCGGGCGAAAAUCGUUACACAAGUUUUAUAUUUGUUGUGGCUAUUGAGAUUCCAGGAUUGUUGAUUGCAUUGCCCUUGUUAAAUCGGAUAAAUCGUAGGAUAUUGUUGUUCGGUGCACUCAGUGUGACUGCAUUUUCCACAAUCGUAACAUCAUUGAUACCAGCAGAAAACUCGACAGUCAUUCUUCUAUUAUUUAUGUUAGGAAAAUGCACAAUAACACUUGCAUUCAAUUCAUUGUACGUAUUUACUGCCGAACAGUGGCCGACAAAUGUGAGAACGACAAUAAUCAAUGCCUGUUCCAUGAUUGGGAGAAUAGGAUCAAUGCUGGCACCCAGCAUUGUUUUGUUAGCACAACAUGGUUCACUUCCAUCGAUUUUGUUCGGGGCUUCGGCAAUACUUGCAGCUUUCCUCGUGCUCCUCUGCCCAGAGACGUUUUCGAAAAAACUUCCUGAUACGGUUGAGGAAGCAAAAGCGUUGAGAUUAUAAUUCCAGUAGUGUGAGUCAUCGCAGUCUAAUUUAACUCAAAGAUUUGUAGAAAAAAAUAAUACUUUCGAUUUUGGAAAAAAAAAAUUCAUGGUAAUUAAAAAUAUGUUCAAUGACAGAUAGCAUUA